AUGGCUCUUCCCUACACUCUUUUGAAAUUAAUAAUAAUUGCGACAGUAGGAAGCGCACAGAAUAAUUAUUACUACGAGCCAUCUACUACCUCCCACACCCCGGCUUUCUGGACGGCUACCACGCGCCUUGUUGAUGUCUACACAGAGUCGCCAUAUACAUGGUACGAAGGCAAGGUCACUACGGAUGCCUUCCUGACGACACGCACAAUCAAGAACAGUGUCACGCCAACAGUCGCAGCUACCUUCACGACAACAAUUUUGCAGGGCCAUGAGGAUGUGGAACUGGUAUAUCUAUACUACCCUACUGGGGCAGUCGCCGAAGCAGAUCUUCUACCAGAAUCAUUGUCUGUCAACGGGCUUACGCCGACUACAUCUUUGACUACAACAACGAUGACGGUUUAUGAUUAUUAUAUGCCUGUGACAAUGACCGCCCCAUCAUCGUGUCCCACAAUCUUCACAGUCACAAGCGUAGCAUCUGUAGACAUCCCCAGGGCAGCCAGGGCGCUCGUCACCCCUACAUCUACUGUAGCUGGUGCGACAGUGUCGGAUCGAUAUGGCGACACUACCGUCAGUGAAACUUGGUACCUCUCCAGUGGCGCUGCACCGUUCCCGACAAUGGAUGAUUAUAACUAUUAUGCAUACAUUGAAUCAUGCUACACACCACCGCUACCUUACAAGACCGCUUCGCCGACGCCUAGUUCCACCACAGGCGGCGGCCUCUACUACGAUCCAAAUGAUUCGUCAUCAUCGCCAGGCAACUCGGACAGUUCCGGUGGAUAUGAAUGCUAUUGGGGCCCUACAGGAUGUCUGUCAACCGAAGAGAUCAUCAUUAUCGUCUGCUCGAUAGUCGGUGGUUUCUUUCUCCUCGGGUUCCUGGAAUCGUGGUUUUGGUUCCGCCGUCUGAUGCAUGGAAGGAGGGCCAUGCGUCUUGGAACUGUCUGCUGGAUUCUUACCACACUCAUAGUAGUAUGUGUGACUAGCAUACAGGAUAAGAGGACCAAAGAAGACCAAAUAGUUCUGGCAGAGAAAUGGAAAGAAAUGAAGGCUGGAGCCAAGUUCAAGGCUUGGAUGAAAUAUGCGUUUCGCCAUCGAUACCCGGAGGAAUUCCUUGGCCAAUUUUCGAGAAUGACAGUGGGUAUCGUUCCACCUGGCGAGCCACUACCAGUACCUCCUGCAAUGAAACAGCCACCCCUUGGUGUUGUCCCAGGCUCACAGGUCUUUUACUAUGGUCCGAAUGGCCAACCUGUACCAUUGCAAGGUUAUAUGGUUCCCGCGGGACAACAUGCAGGAUACUAUGGCGGCGAGAUGCCCAAGCAGGCGAUUGUCAUUGGCACUGUACCCCUUUUCCCACGUCACUCACAGCCAGUACAUUCUUCAUCACGAGGCGCAUUCAAAAUGACAGGUGCUUUACCGCCACCCACAGUUUCCGGUUCAAUACCGCCUUCGGAGGCUCCUUUGCCUCCUUUGCCCCCACGGUCUACUCCUUCCGCACCUCCGCAAGAGCCUGUUGAGUCCAACAUGUCCAUACAGGCUCCAACUUCAGCACCGCCAGUGCCGCCAGUAGCGAAAUCCGUAGCUCCUCCAGAGGAUACAGAAGAAGCUGCCCAGACCACGGCCGAACGAGAGACUUGUUCAAAUGCAGUCACAGACAGCACUUCCCAGAUCUUAGCCGUUCCGCAAAAUCCUGCAGCUGUACCACACGAAGUCUCCCCAAAUCCAACCCCAGGAGUGCAAAUUGCUCCUCAAGUGCAUCCUGUAGAUUUGAGUGAUCCAUCUGCAAUCAAUGCAAUAGGGAACACUGAACGGCCAUCAGAUCCGCCGUCUCCAAAGUGCGAACCAGAUAAAGAAAGUCUCUACAAUUAG